AUGGAACUCGAGUGUAGUAUAGCAGGCUGUGUAGCUGUGGUUCACACAACCGUUCCAGAGAACAGCAAGAAAGGUCGAAAAGACGUUCUUCUGCGGCUGAAAGAUCCCGACGGCGAACUGUUGUCAGAGGUCAAAGUACCGUGGCCGGAUGGAGAGCCCGAUCCAUGCGAGAUCACAUAUCUCGAUUCGGAGGAAUGCGUGAGGCUGACGAACAAUGCUACUUUUGCUAAUGUCCCAUUACGCAUAUCUAGACUUCAUGAAGUGGUUGCUAAUCGACGGCAAACAAAAAUUCCUAAACGGUUUUCAAGUUUUUCAAGUACUCCUUGCCCACUGGAAGAUGCUGGUCAAAAGAAGCUUCAUGCUGCCUUGAAAGAUUUUGUAAAAGAGCCU